AUGUCUGAACUUGACUGGGAUAAAGCUCCCUCCGUGGAAGAUGAACGCCCGCGGAAGAAGCGCCACAAGUAUAUUGCUAAAGCCUGCAAUGAAUGCAAGCGUCGCAAGAUUAAAUGCAAUGGAGAGGCUCCGUGUCAGAGAUGUGGACGUCAGAGUAUUGAAUGCAUUUAUGUCGAAAAUCCCCAGAGAGACAGCUCCAAUGAGAAAGAAAAUUUCGAGCGCCUGUUUGAUCAAAUGAAAGCUAUGCAAGACCAGAUCACUUUGUUGUCUGCUACUGUUCGGUCGAUGGCUAGCAAUGAAAAUUCCCCUAUUGGGGGAGUUCCCACUACAAGCAGCUAUGUGCUUGCGCCUACUCAAAGGUCUCUACGGCGUGUAUCUACUGCCAGAGAGACAACAUUUCAAGGUCCGACAACCUCAGCAUUCAGCUUUGACUUGGCAAAAUCCAGCUUACAGCAACGCGGGAUUGUGGAACGUGCCGAGGCUCUUGAUGAAGCGGACAUGACACAGGAACCUUCACCGGUGGCAUCUCCAUCAGCACCAGCCAGGGAACUCGUCACGCAUCAAGUCAUGGAACCUCUCUGGACUCUUCCAAAGACUGAGGCACUGCGACUUUGUCGAGUCUACGAAGAAGAAAUGGGUAUCAUGUACCCCGUGUUGGAUCUUCCGGAGCUCUUGAACCAGGUGCAUUUAUUGUACGGCCCAAUGGAUCGCGCUCUUGGUCCGUCUAUGCAGCCCGAUGGACCCAAUGGAGUGAAUCGGGAAGAUGUCCAUAUUCUUCGUCUUGUGUUCGCUUGUGCUUUGACGGCUGAGGCUAGCGGUCGCAGUGAGCAAGCUAUUGCACUCUUUGAUAGUGUGCGAGAAGUCCAAGACAAUUGCGUUUGGGGCCCGCCUGAAAUCAAGAGUAUAAUCUUCUUGACUCUUGUGUCAAUUUUCUAUUUCCAGAUGGAUGAGGAGACAUUGGCAUGGCGCACGAUUGGUAUCGUCGAGCGCAUGUGUCUAGAGAAAGGUCUUCAUAGACGUGAGACCCUCAAUCAACCAGGCAUCAUGGCUGCCGGAAAGGAACGCGUGCUUCGUCUCUUUUGGUCUAUUUACAUCCUGGACAUGCGUUGGAGCUUUGGAACCGGCAUGCCAUUCUCUCUAGAAGAUACAGAUAUCGAUCCAUGGCUACCAGAGCCCGCUGAGAAGACCCCCUACCUGCGCGUGAUGAUUCGAUAUAGCCGCAUUGCAGCCAAAGUGUGGAAGUUUAUUUCGGCCUUCAACAACACCAACGAGAUCAAAAAAGACGAAAUGAACUAUUUAGACUGGCAGGUUCUGAGCUGGGUGCAUGCCAUUCCCGACUCAUUGCGACUGAACUAUCCAAGCUCUGCGGAAUCUGCGUCUGCCACUGAAGGUUCACGAAGCAUGCGAAGACUUCGUGCACUGCUGUAUCUUCGUGCUAAUCAACUGCGAAUGCUCAUUCAUCGCCCCGUUCUCCAUACCGCAGCACACAUUGUGCGGUAUCCGACUGAAUCGGAGACAGUUGUGGAAAUUGCGAAAGAUACAAUCCGCUUCAUCACUCGCUUGAAUGAAACCUCGGAUAUUUACCAGUUGCAACAAGUGGCAUUUAACUGGUUUUUGGUCUCAGCCGUUGCAGUUCUUUUCCUCGCAGUGGCACAGGCUCCAACUCAGUUCAGUGGUUCGUGCAAAGAGGAGUUCUUCUGGGCGUUAGAACUGGUCAAGGGAUUCUCAGCCCAAUCAUACAUUUCCCGCCGACUAUGGAAUUCGAUUCGGAGUCUUCGCAAACUUGGCCCUCAGUUGGGACUAGGCGUGCAAAAGCACCGACUAGAUGCUCAUGCCGAAGGAAAUGGUCCCUACGGCGCGAAUGCUUCACCUGCCCUGGCUCCGACUGUGAGCACGCAUAGCCAGACUCCGUUAGACGGUGCACAGAUGACACAAGAGCUUAUGGAAUGGUUUGAAGCCGUGGGAAAUCUUGAGGACCAAAUUAUGGGAAUGGGAACAGGUCCUCUACCUGACGGAGGCCCGUACCAGCCGACAUCUAACGGGGGAUUCGUGUUUGACUAUGGUGAAGAGUUGUCGAGUGUGAUGAAGGAUUGUUUCUGA